GAUCGUUUCAAAACGCUAUCUAGGAACCGGUCGAGACUUUGAAGAGUGAACAUCAACGUGUAAGAGUGAUCAAUCUUUAAAAAGUACCGAACUCAGUGAAGUGAAAGCUUAUGAACGGAAACUUUGAUCUUGAUCCAGGUGAAGAACCUGGAAAAGACAAUGAAAUGAUAUACGAACACCAGAAAAACAGCAGAAGACGAGACAGUGAUAGCGAAGAUUGCCCAUACACCAAACAAGCAAGAAACGAAGAAACCGGCAAACAGACCACGGAGAACCAUACCUACGGAACAGUAACUCAAGGUAAAACUCACCUUGUACCACAUGGCUGUGUGAAACUGAAACAUACUGAGGAUUCUUUGUUGAUUCUUUGGGGGCCAGCAGCCAUCUGCAGUGGACAUUCUUUCUCAGCCAUGGCUCCUCUUGAGGGAGUUCCGUGUCAGCUUGUGCGUAUUAUGGAGUGUAAACAGGGCGCAGUUCGAGCUGUUAGAUUUAAUGUUGAUGGUGAGUACUGCAUGAGCUGUGGUUCAGACAAAUCAGUCAAGUUGUGGAAUCCUCACAAGGGAACGCUGCUUCAUACUUACGCUGGACAUGGAUAUGAAGUCCUGGAUGCCCGAGGAUCAAGUGACAAUUCACUGAUUGGCUCUUGUGGCUUGGACAAAUCAGUGAUGAUGUGGAACGUAGGAACAGGAGAAUGCCUGAGGAAAUUCAGAGGUCAUGCAGCAAGAGUGAACUGCGUCUGCUUUAAUGAAGAGUCAACAGUCAUCUUCUCAGGGUCAAUGGAUGGCAGUGUCCGUGUGUGGGAUCUUCGUAGCAGAAGGAAUGAACCCAUCCAGGUACUAGAUGAAGCUAAGGAUGCUGUAAUGACUGUGUCUGUAUCUGCUCAUGAGAUUUUGACCUCCUCUUUGGACUGCUACACACGUGUAUAUGACUUACGGAAUGGGAAACUCAUGUCUAACUGUAUAGGAGAAAGUGUAACCUGUGCAACCUUCAGUGGAGAUGGUCAAUGCAUUCUAGCGUCUACAAUGGGCUCCUCUCUUCGACUGAUGGACAAAGAGACAGGAGAGCUUUUGUCCCAUUAUACAGGCCAUAGCAGUAAAGACUACAAGGUUGAGAGCUGCUUCACUUCCUCUGACACGCAUGUCAUGUCUGGUUCAGAGGAUGGAUAUGUGUAUUGUUGGGACCUCGUUAAGGGAACACUUUAUCUUAAACUUGAGCACAAGGGGAGUCGUGUGGUCCAUUCCCUGUCCCCACAUCCCACAGAGUCUUACCUCUUGACGGCAACCCUGGGCCAGAUGUGGUUUUGGUCAGCUGAGCCUCAGGAAGAGCAGGAGAACGCAUAAUUGGCAUUGCAACGGGAAUGUCCAUGUUGCUCACCAGAUGAGCUGGGUAGGAUGGAGAUAAAAGUGUGUACCUCAUUGACAGGCAUCCAUCUAUCUACUCAUCUGUCUAUUUCUACAUACAUACAUGCAUGUAGAUUAUAUAUUUACGAAUGCAAAUUGAGUUUAAAGAUAAUUCCAAAUAGG